AUGCCCUUUCUAGAUAAUAUCUUGCAUAGUUCUAUCCCAUUUAAAAUAUCUUUUCUCACUUGGAGAUUGAUUCAUAAGAAGCUUCCCUUCAAUGAAGCAGUGGUUAAAUUUGGAAGACAUGGCUCCCCUACUUGUAUAUGUUAUACUAUUCCUGAAAAUGAUUCCAUUCAACAAGUCUUUGUUGAGGGACAAGCAGCUGAUCAUAUCUGGAGAAUUAUUGGAGCCCCUUUGCGCAUUAAUCAUCAGCAUAUCCCAGUUAAUGGCUUGCUACAACACUGGUGGAAUCAAAAAGCCAAAAAUAAGAGUUCUUGUAGGUUUGGAGAGCAAAACAAAUUCUCGCUCUAUAGGCUGGAAAAUCAGACCGUAUGGAACAUCAAAACUGCUCUAAAUGUUGCUGUCCCAAGCAUAGAUUUUGGUGGUAAUUGGAUCAGUACUUGUGAGACUGCGGAAAGAAUUAAACCGGUGCUAAAAUGUACUCCCAUCUAUUGGAAGAAGCUAAAUACUGGUAAGCUAAAAUUUAAUACCGAUGGCAGCUUUUGCAAAGCAUCCAAAACAGCUGGAAUUGGCGGGAUUAUUCGAGAUGAAGAAGGAAAACUCGUCAUGGAAUUUUCUAUUCCAGUCGAAUGUGGAAGAAGUAACUUUGCGGAAGCUAUGGCUGUCGAGUUUGGAAGCUCAUGGUGCAGAAUUAAUGGCAUAAAUGAUAUUCAAAUGGAGCUUGAUUCACAGGUCAUUGCCAACAUGCUCACCAAACAGAAUUCGAAGAACUUGAAGCUCAAGCAUAUAAUCAGCAAGAUCCUAAAGAAUGUGAAGGGUACUAAUAUUGAAUUCUUGCACUGUUUCAGAGAAGCAAAUUCCGUGGCAGACUACUUAGCUAAACUUGCUUCAUCAAGUAGAGUCAAGUCCUUAUAUCAUUCUCACGAUAGUUUACCUGGAGAGGCAAAAGGACUGGUUCAACUGGAUCAAUGGCAGUUACCAACUUUUAGAAGAAGAUUUGAGAAAUGUAAUUUCUUUGUUAGUUAA